AUGGGACUCGGUGUUCUGGCAGAUUCGCAUCUGGUCGACGUGCCUGGGACCGUUCUCCUGGACGAUUCUGCCGCUGGACCAGAAAAUGAGCAGCCAAAUCUUCGCCGUGGAGGUGGAAAUACAGUCCUGUCACCGCAGCCAAGCGACGACGUCAACGACCCCCUGAACUGGCCAGGUUGGAAGAAAGAGCUCAACAUCAUCAUUCUCUGUCUUGGAGCGAUGUUGAACGCUGGGACGAACGGACCACUCCUGAAUGCUUCGUACUUCCCCAUUGCAGCGGAACUCAAUGUCCCACUGACAGACGUUGUCCUGGCCUCGGGGUAUAACCUUCUAGCCGCCGGAUGCGCUGGUCCCUUCGCCUGUGCUGCCUCUCGGAAGUACGGGAAGCGCCCCGUAUACCUGGUCUCGACACUGCUCGCAAUCAUCGGAACUGCCGUUGGCGAGGCGAAAAUGAACUUCCAGUACCUCCUCGCUGCUCGCAUUAUUCAAGGAUUUUCUACCAGCGCGUUCGAGUCGCUGAUCAUCGCCUCGGUUGGCGACACCUAUUUCGUGCAUCAACGAGGCCUCCGGAUUGGUGUCAUCAACUUUAUCCUGAACGCAGCUUCCAGUCUGUCCUCUAUUAUCUGUGGCCAGGUCUAUGCGAGUCUCGGAUAUUAUUGGCUCUUCCACCUCUUCCAGGUCUUUCUCGUCAUCCAGUUCGUGGCGAUGUUUCUCUUCUGUCCCGAGACGACUUAUCUUCGUGACAUCGAAUCCGCAGUUGAUGUCGCUCAAGACAGCACGCAGGUUGGAUAUCAGGAGAAAGAAGCCCCCUCGCACGUGGAAGUCUGCCCAGAGCCUGGUUCUCCCAGCUCAUCGUCUGCUCCAACCAGCACUAAACCAAAGAAAUCAUUCCUCCAGGAACUCGCAGUCUUCAACGGCGUUUACUCUCACGAAGGAGUCUACAAGUUCUUUAUUGGUCCCCUUUUGGCAUUACUAAAUCCAGCCGCCUGCUACUCAAUCCUCACAUCGGGCCUGCUGAACAGCUGGUACGUCGGCUCUGCAAUCAUUCUCUCCGGUGUCUUCUCGGGCGCUCCAUGGCACUAUGAUGCUGCCCAGAUUGGGUACCUCGGCGCAGGGCCGUUCAUUGGCGGGAUGUUGGGCUCAAUUGUAGUAGCUUGCUUCAGUGACCGUCUGAUCAAGUAUAUGGGGAGAUUGAACGGUGGGAUAUACGAACCCGAGUUCCGUCUCAUCUUCAUGCCCAUCGCGGGAGUCGCUUGCACAGUCGGCAUGUUCCUGUUUGGGUACACAAUGUCCAUCGGGGCGAAUGCCUUGCUCUGUGCCUUCCUCCAGGGCGUCAUGAUGUUCGGUGUGCUCAUCGGCAUCUUCUCGACCCUCUCGUAUGGGCUUGACGCGUUCAAGUCCCAGGCCAACGAGAUUUUCAUCAUGAAUAUGGUGUUCAAGAACUUUUUAUUUUACGGAUUAAGCGACUUUGCCAACAAUUGGGUUGCUGAUAAGGGACCCGCUGAGAUGAUGUAUGUGCUUGGAGCGACUUCAUGCUUUCUGUCUAUUCUUGCGCUGCCGGUGUAUGUGUAUGGGAAGAAGUUGCGGAGCUGGCAGGCGAGGAAGGGGAUCUACAAAGGGGCGCUGUAA